UAUUACUUGUGGUGAACAAAUACACCGGGAUAUUUAAAUAACCAAUGAAUCACAUACCUUACAACUAAGAACAAACAUACAAAAUUUGUUCUAGAAGAAACACAUAGUGACAUGGCUAGGAAUUAUAUUGAAUUAGUUCUCAUAGUAGUUUUUAUAAUGAUGUCUCAGCAGAUCGUGUCAGGAAACGAAGAAACAAGCGGCGAAGACAUAAUAAAAAUGCGGAAACAUGAGUUUUCAGCACUUUGUCCGUAUACAGACACUUGCUAUACAAAUGCAUCAGCAAAAGAGGAGAAUCUGGAUUUUGGUAUCAAAUGUUGUGAUGCGUGUAAAUGUGAUCAUCAGUGUGGAUUAAACUGUUGUCCAGACAUGUCAGUUUAUUUCAAAAACACAGAGGAUUUGUUUAAAUCUAAACAGAUACUGAAAAUGAAGACGGCUGCAACUUGGUGUUUGACAUUCCAGAAGGAACGGACGGAUACCCCUGGAUAUCUAAAAUAUGUAAUAGAAAUAUAAUAGAUCGCUGUAACGUAACAGGUCGAUGGCUGUCUUACAACAGAAAUAUGGAAGAGGCAUGUUUGUCAUAUAGAUCCAUUUAUGAUGGCCUGUUCAGGAAUGUACAUUGUUUUUUAUGCAAUGGUUUUGAGCUUAAUGAUGUAACAAAAUCGUGUGCAACAAGUUUUAUAUUUUGAUCACAACGGGGAUGAAACAAGUUUUCUCACACUUCUCAACUGGAACAAAGUUAAAGCUAAAAACGUAAAAGGGAAAGAUAAUCAGGGUUCAAACAGCAAAUGUUUUCGGGACAAG